GGGGACAAGGCUGCGGCCGGGCGCCCCGGGUGCCCAGCGCGCGCGAGGUGGCGAUGGUGCUGCAGCGGCUGCUGCGCGGGCAGGCGCGCCCGACCGUCCGCGGGGCCGCGGAGGCUGCGCUCUGGGGUUUGAAGUCAAUCAAAGGAAGCUGCCACAAUUUUUGUACUGCUGCUUUUAAAGAUGUCACUUAUAAGGAGCUUAAAAACCUCUUGAAUUCCAAAAAAAUUAUGUUAAUUGAUGUCAGAGAGAGAUGGGAAAUUCUUGUGUAUGGAAAAAUCCCUGGGUCUAUCAAUAUACCAUUGGAUGAGGUAGGUGAAGCUCUACAGAUGAAUGCGGAAGACUUCAAACAGAGAUACAAAGAAGUACAGCCAUCCAAAUCUGACAGUGUAGUGUUUUCUUGUUUAGCUGGAGUGAGAAGCAAGAAGGCUCUGUACACAGCACUAUCUCUGGGAUUUCACAGUGCCCAACACUAUGCUGGAGGAUGGAAGGAAUGGGAAACCUGUGAGUUUUCAGAGAAGAAACAAGGAAAUUGAAUUUUGGAAUACAAGCUGGCUUUUUGCUUGUGUACAUGCAGCCUAGGAUGGUAGUAGAAUGAGCACAAAAUAAAAAUCUAGCCCUGCCACCACUGACUAAUGGAAAGAGAAUUUUGUACAAGUCAAUUAUUUAUUGUAUUUUUCUCUUUUAUUCUAAUUAUAAAGUGCGAAUACCACUUCCCCCUGCUUACUUCCAAAGGCUAUUGAGGAUUGAGAUAAUGUGACUUGCCAUGGAAAUACAUGGGUUGGAAUUCAAGGAAUUAAAUUUUAAAUAAUUUGGUAUAGUUCAAUAGUAUUCCAAAAGAUGAGGCUAUAUGUAUUACUUAAUCAUAAUGUAUAACCAUUACAUUAGCACAGCUUCUAUUCAUCAAAGAGGCUCUGCACUACUCAUGGAUUAACAGACUUGACCUAAAAACACCAGGAACCUGGUAUCCGGAAAUGAAGGUGAAAUAUGAACAAUGGAAAUACAUUAACAGCAUCCACAGAUUGAUGGCAGUGUUAUGACCAACAGUUAGAAUUUUCUAUUUAAAAAAUUAAUAUGAUAUCUGGGGACAGAAAUCAGAACAGUGGGUGCUUCUGUGGAAGGAAGAUUCAUUGGCAAAGAUAAGGAGAGAAAUUUCUAAGGUGAUGGAAAUGCUCUGCAUCUUGACUGAGGUGUUGGUACCUAGGUACAUACAAGGAUCAAAACUCAUUGAGAUGGACACUUAAAAGAAUAUCCAUGUCCUGUAGUUAUAUCUCAAAAAUUAAUGAAAAGAAAAAAAUUUAAAUAACUCCCACUAGCAAAUGAGUAUAUUCAUUUAUAAUGUUAAGUCCUACACCGGUUAGUGACUAGUACACUGGUGGUAAAACAAAUUUGUGCUUUCUUCCAUCUGUGCUUCUUCAGACCCACCUGUUUUUAGUCUAAUUUAUGAAGUGAUUCAGAUUAAGUGCUAAUGUAGUGAUUCCGGUAAUAGAAGUAUUUGGUUCAUCCUAAGCCAUUGGAGAAUCUGGGGUAGGAAUGUGUUGUGAUCACUCUGAACUUCUAUUUCUGAUCAUUUCAUUUUGGGUCCUAGCAGAGCCAAUCCCUACAAACACUAAAAGAGCUGGAAAAUAGACACAUACUCUACUCUUCAGCCCUGGUUCAUCCUCUACAGCUUUCCUUCUCUCUGGAUCACUGCUCUUCAAACCCUCACUGCCUUAGUAUUUCCUUCAUGCCUUUAAAUGGGUUUUUCUUUCUUUGUAUAAGCAAGUAAUACUGGGACAAAUAUUCUAAGGUAGUGAGGAUUUGAAAAGCCACAUCUCGCAGAGAAGGAAAUUUUUAGGGAAUGAACCAGCACUGAAAUACUGGGCCUAGUGAAAUACAAGGAAGCUGGGUAAUACACUGGGCUUUCAGAGGGAACCCCUGAGUGACUAUUCCCCGGUAGAGGUGAACCAGAAAUUAACCAGCCCUCAUAAAAAUGUAAGGCCAGUUUUGAAUCAGCUGAAUCUCUGAAUGAAUUAAGUUGAUCUUCCUAAUAACCUAAGGGCCUACCAGAAGUAAAUCCUCUUUUAGAGAAAAGUAUCAUUAUCCAGCUGGAGCAGGGGUUGGCAACAGUAAAUAUUUUAGGUUUGUGGGCUGUAAGGUCUCUGUUGCAACUACACAACUCUGUUACUAUAACACAAAAGCUGCCACAGACAGUGUGUAGGGAAUGAAUGUGGCUGUAUUACAAUAAAACUAUUUAUGGCUA